CCACAAAGACACGCUUGUCGUCAAGACAUGACGCGAGAAACACAACAUUGAGAGUUAUGUCUUGAUUUGUAAUGAAUCUAAGUAGUGACCCGGACCGCUCUGGUCAGCCAGAGUGUUCGUCUCGCCAUGUUGGCGGACAUAAAGCCACGUCAGGCGUCCAUUUCACCGUCUCCGUGGUUCUUCCAGCCGGGGGAACCGGGGAGAGAACCGGGCUCGUGACACCGAAACAGUUUUACAUGUUUCUUAACAGACCACUCAUAAGCUACACCAUUCAAGCCUUUGAAAGGCUGUCAUGGAUCCAACACAUUGUGGUGGUGGUUGCAGAAGAAAGCAUCGCGCUGAUGAGAGACAUCGUCAAGCGCUUUCAGCACACAAAGGUCCGUGUCGUGUCUGGCGGUGCCACCCGGCACAGGUCCAUAUUCAACGGCGUGCAGGCCCUCGACCCAGGCGAGAGCGCUGCAACGCCAGACGUGGUCAUCAUCCAUGAUGCCGUGCGGCCCUUUGUGGAGGAGGACUUCCUGUUGGAGAUUGCCAUGGCUGCAAAGGAGAACGGGGCAUCGGGGGCCAUCCGUCCCCUGGUUUCCACGGUGAUUGCCACCACCUCUGAGGGCUACCUGGACCACUCUCUGGAGAGGGGGAAGUACCGGGCUAGUGAGAUGCCACAGGGGUUCCUCUACUGUGUCAUCCAUCAGGCCUAUCAAAAGUGCAGCGAGUUCGACUUUGACUUUGGAACCGAGUGUCUCCACCUGGCCUUACAGCACACCGGCACCAGAGCCAAGCUCAUCGAGGGCCCGCCAACGCUGUGGAAGGUGACCUACAAGAGAGACCUGGCUGCGGCCGAGUCCAUCAUCAAAGAGACUUUAUGCAGGUCGGCCUGCGUAACCUCCGAUGGCUCCAAGAGGGCCAGGGAGCUGGGGCGGUGUCUACAGAAGCUCAUGGCUUCUUUAGACAUGGAGCUGGACGUGCUCCCAGAACCGAUUGGGGAUGCCAGCCGUCUGUCAAAAGAAUGGAACUUCAUCAAACUUUUUGUGAAUGGUUCCGGUCUUUCUGAAGUAGAGGAAACGGUCAAAGCAUUGGAGGCUGCCAACCGAGCACUGCUCCACCCUGUUGUUGUUGUUUGGGUGCGUUUGGAAACUUCAGAUGGCAUGUCCGUCAGUGAGACUGGGGCGGGGCAUCUGCCAUUGAUGGAACUUGCAUCAGCUGCCAAGCUCCAGAAUAUUCUACUCUACGGCAUCCAUUUUCUUCUCUCUGAGGAGGACGCCGGGUUCUCUGAGGGGUCAGUGAAGCGGUUGGCUGAGCUCACCUACACCUUGAUCCAUGACCGAAACGCCCUCCUGGCCGGGCAGAUGCUGUGUGCCUGAACACAGGGAGCCGUACAGUAACCAUGGUGAUGUUGGACCCUGGAAUGACGUACUGUGGAUAUUUGACAUCUCCUGAAAUGAGCUUCAUGGCUUAAAUCAUGUCCAGCAUGUUGAGCUGUUUUCAUGUUAAACCUUAAGAUACCACUCAUAGUGUGUAUAUAUAUAUAUGUGUAUUCAUGCUCCAAGGGCCCCUUUGGGAAACAUAAAGGUUCAACAAAAAUCCCAAAUUUGGUUUGAUUCUUGAUGCAUUAUCUAGGAGACGAUUGUUGUGGUUAACUUCAUGGGCAUGUAGAUGACUUGACAGGCGUUUUAAUUCAAGUUCUUCCAUUUCAAAACAUCUCCCUCUAAUUCUGAAUAGAUCAGGAAUGUGGCUUGCAAGUGAUUUCUGUACUAAAGAGUACAAACAGAAUUGAGAGGAAGUAUGUGAAACUGUAAAUGUAAAUGUUCACACAUGUAAACAUAUUUACUUCUCAACACUGUAUAAGGUUUAAUUUCCCAAACUGAUACACUAACAUUGUGAAUAAACAUUACAUGAAAUAAAAUGCUUUUUGGUAAAAUCCUGUGUUUGUUG